UACUACCAUCACAGCACUCACUCACUCGCACACUCACACACACACAACAGAAAGUUUGGAGGGCCAGGCGAGCGGUAGGAUACCGACGGAUAGGAAGUGACGGGACUGCAUGAAUUGCUGAAUGAAGAAAAAAUAAAAAAAAGAAGAAGGAAAUAUCAACACAAAGCAGAAUGAGAAGCAACGUGCGAUCAUCGGACUGUUGGCAGUAGUGCCGGUGAAACUGAAUUGCGCAUGAUCUUAUCACCGGAGAGAGAGAGAGACUUUCAACGGAGGUGAACUGGGCUCCCAGAAGUGAAAGGCAGAGAUUUUAGUGAGGGGAUUGUCGUCUGAUUUCCAUGACCGUGUUUGUAAUUCUGGAAAGUGCUCGCACACAGGGGGGCAUAUGGAACUGCGACCUGUAAACUAGGCUGUAACCCCGCUUUAAAUAUGAAGGAAAAGACUUUACGAAAAAUCCAAGUAAAUAGUUGAGGGAUAUGAACGCUGAUCUUUGGAUUUCACCUCGAUUUUUUUCCUCUGUCGCGUUCAGUUUUGCGUCUUUGGGGAUGUUUGCGAGUUGCAUCUCUGCGGCUCCAGUUCGGAUACUGACCCGUCUGUGCGCCCUGGUGCUGGUCGUCGCUGUGGGACUAGGUUCAGAGCUACGUGUCCGGGUCCGGCUCUCUGAUGGACUGGUUACCGAGGAGGUUUUAGAGGCGGACAGCGAGAAAGACUCGAUAUCGCUUGAAUUCAAGCAGGGAGACGGGACGCUCAUCACUUUUGUGGCGGACUUCAAACAGGAUGUGAAGAUAUUUCGAGCACUGAUCCUGGGCGAGCUGGAAAGAGGGCAGAACCAGUACCAGGCCCUGUGCUUCAUCUCUCGCCUCAACCGCAAUGAGAUCAUCCCCAGUGAGUCUAUGGCCCGUCUCAGACAGAAAAAUCCUCAGGCCAUUCGCUUGGCAGAGGAGCGGAGAGGACUGGAGCAGCUAACAAUGAGUGCGGCUGUCAAUCUAAGUCGGGCCUUGCAGCUCAGUUCCCACAUCCACAACAUGUGCACCGAGGCCCGAGAGGCCAUCUACACCAGAGAGGCAGAUGUCAAACACUGGCUGGACAAAGGAGUGGAUGGCUCUAUAUUUGAGGUCCUGCCCCAAACGACAGAAGUGCCCAGCUUUCAGGCCUGUCACUCUACUAAAGACUUGUGGCAGCCCUGUCUCUGCACGUAUAGCCUGCGUCUUGAGUGGUACCCGUGUCUGCUGAAGUACUGCCGCAGCCGGGACACCACAGGCAAAGGCUCUACCUACAAGUGUGGCAUAAAGAGCUGCAGCAAGGGUUACCAUUUCACCUACUAUGUUCCCCAAAAACAGCUCUGUCUAUGGGACGAAGAGACCUAGCAUUUUGUUCUGGAUGGUUAAGAAAAGAGAAAUGAAUUUUUUUUCCCCAGCCAAGCCAAUUCUUCUCCACCCAUGCUAUUCAAAGUAAACACAGUAACACUGGACCUCAGUUUAUAAGACGAGGAGUGAAGCUGUCUCAGGUGGGGAGUGGUGAUAUCCAGAUGUUCAAGCUUAAACAGAAAUGAAUUCAGGUUCCAGAUGAGACCAAAACCUUUAAGGAAGGAGAGAUGCAGCAUGUCGUUCUAAGAAGACCUGCUAACUUUAAGCUUUUUUCUGGGAAAAUGACAUAUCAUUGUAGCUAUAAUGUGACUUUGCCAAGAAACUGUCACUUUUGUGCCUUUUUUGGAGAAAUUAUUGGAGCAGAUGAUAGAGACCAACAACAAUAACCUCUCAAACAAGCUACGGUAUGCACAAAGCUGGACAGUGCAUUUCUGGUCAAUUAAACACCAGCAGAGGAACAGCAGAGUCCCACUCUGAUCAAAGGAGUCAUACAAACAUAAUCUUCCAUCCUGGUGAAGGAAAAUUUGGAUGGUGGAUUAAUCUUUCUUCUGUGAAAAACAGUUUAUUGCCAGCUGAAUGCCUGUUUAUAAUAAUGUAAGCUGGCUGACAAAGGAAUUACUUCUCCAAUGCUGGUUUUAUUUAUUUUAGUUGCAAAGUGAAAUUAUGGAGGACUAUUUUUGUAUAAUUCUGUUAAAAAUAACCUCAUCCGUUUUCUCUCCUUUUUGAAUUAAACAAGCUCUUAAAUGUACAUGUCUAAAUGACAGGUCCUCAGUAACAGGAAGCGUUCAAAUACUUUUCAGAACAUUUUAACCUCUUGGACUUUGGAUGUAUUUUGCAGACUCAUCCAUCUGCCAUGCUAGUUCAUUGCAAAGUUUUCAUAGUUGUACACACCGUGUGGAUAAACAGGUUUCUUGUUGUAUUUAAUAGGACAGGUUUAACUCUGCCUCGUCCCAUCAAUACCCAUAGGGGACCCCUCAUGCCCACCACUCACAUUCACAGUCCGUUGUAAAACUUUCAAGUAAACCAAAGUCAAAAGAAAUACUGUAGAAGGGUGUAACAUUUCAGUUUCUAGAAACAGGCUCUUCAGUAUGGAGUUUUUCCAUGUUUAGAAUUCACUAAAACUGCACUGUAGCCUUUAAUAAUCUAUACUGCCAUCUUCUGGUUAUUCAGUGUGUCAGUCUCUGUCAGUGUUUUCUGUUAUAACCCAGUGUCAGAGUUCUAAUUAAAUGUUUAUAAUUUAUACAUCUCAAAUCCCUGGUCAUUUACAGGCAUAAUUUAAGGAGCACUUCUUGAACUUGUGGGACCAAAUUUCAUUUUGUCUGUCUGUUCCGUAGAGCUAUAGGUCGAAGUAUGAUUUCUGUUUUGUCUUACCUCCUUCAUUUCUUUACUGCCAUAUCAAAAGUUCAUUUUGUGUUUUGUGUGUGGGUAUGUCCUGCUAACUAAAGAACCAAAUGAGUGAAACAUUUCUAUUUGUGGCCUUUUCUGGUGAUCAAGUGCCUUAACAUUUCCACUGAUAUCUUUGCUAUGUAAUUGUAGAUUAAGUUGUUAAACAUAUUUUUUCUAUGGAAGAGUUCUAAAUAUGCUGUAAAAAGUUGCCAUAAGGAGAAAAUUGAAGCAAUUAGGUAAUGUACCAUUUAAGAGUUGUUUUACAUGAAUUGUUUCAAUAAAGUCUUUCUUUGCACUGCA